AGGGGUCAGUGCAGCGAAAACGGCUUUUUAGGCCUGUCCAGUUUUCCGGUUUUGUGACCGCAGGGUGAGCAAAGACGCUCAGAAUGGCGCAGGGACCAGGGGAGCAAAGAGCAAUGGGGACUGCUGACCCAGAGGAGAGUUCUCCAAAUAUGAUUGUCUACCGAAAAAUCGAAGAUAUCAUUACAAAGAUGCAAGAUGACAAGACAGGGGGUGUGCCCAUCAGAACCGUCAAGAGCUUUCUCUCCAAGGUCCCCAGUGUCGUCACAGGUACUGACAUCGUGCAGUGGCUGAUGAAGAACCUUUCCAUCGAGGAUCCAGUUGAAGCAAUACACGUGGGGAGCCUGAUUGCCGCCCAGGGCUACGUCUUUCCAAUCUCAGACCAUGUCCUCUCCAUGAAGGAUGAUGGCACCUUUUAUCGUUUCCAGGCUCCCUACUUCUGGCCUUCCAACUGCUGGGAACCUGAGAACACUGACUAUGCCAUCUAUCUCUGUAAGAGGACAAUGCAAAAUAAAGCAAGACUGGAACUGGCAGAUUAUGAAGCAGAAAACUUAGCCAGACUCCAGCGGGCCUUUGCAAGGAAAUGGGAAUUCAUCUUUAUGCAAGCCGAAGCACAAGUGAAGAUUGAUCGGAAGAAGGACAAGACAGAGAGGAAGAUCCUGGACAGUCAGGAGCGAGCCUUUUGGGAUGUCCAUCGGCCUGUGCCAGGUUGUGUGAACACAACCGAAAUGGAUAUCCGAAAGUGCCGGCGCCUGAAGAGCCCACAGAAGGUUAAAAAGUCCGUGUAUGGCGUCACAGAUGAGUCCCAGUCGCAAAGCCCUGUGCAUGUACCCACCCAGCCUAUCAGGAAGACCACAAAGGAGGACAUCCGGAAACAGAUAACAUUUUUGAAUGCGCAGAUCGACAGACAUUGUUUAAAAAUGUCCAAAGUGGCCGAAAGCUUAAUUGCGUACACGGAGCAGUACAUGGAAUAUGACCCCCUGAUAACACCAGCUGAGCCUUCCAAUCCCUGGAUCAGUGAUGACAUCACCUUAUGGGACGUAGAGACGAGCAAAGAGCCGAGCCAGCAGAGAGUCAAGAGGUGGGGCUUCUCUUUUGAUGAGAUGUUGCAGGACCAGGUGGGGCGAGACCAGUUCCUCCGAUUCCUGGAGUCUGAAUUCAGUUCUGAAAACCUCAGGUUCUGGUUGGCUGUCCAAGAUCUCAAGAAACAGCCCCUCCAGGAUGUGGCCAAGAGGGUGGAAGAAAUCUGGCAGGAAUUCCUGGCCCCAGGGGCCCAGAGCGCAAUCAACCUGGACUCUCACAGCUACGAGAUAACCAGCCAGAACAUCAGAGAGGGAGGCAGAUACACAUUUGAAGAUGCACAGGAGCAUAUCUACAAGCUGAUGAAGAGUGACAGCUAUGCCCGCUUCCUCCGGUCCAAUGCCUACCAGGACUUGCUGCUGGCCAAGAAGAAGGGAAAGUCGCUGGCGGGCAAGCGUCUCACGGGCCUGAUGCAGUCUUCCUGACAGUACCACCCACAGGGCCGGGGCCUGCGGACCCCUUGGGCAGCACGCGGCGGCGCUCCACAUCCGCAGAGAGAGUGUCCUUGCGGGGCGAGCUGCUCACCGUGAAAGAGAAGGAAUGAGGGCGUUGAAGGGCAAAGGUGGAGCCAGUCGGUGGGUACACAGCUGGAAAGACUGGGACAGUGGAGCCUGAGGUCGGCCCCUAGAGGCUCCUGUUUACAGCACUCUCUUCCUUGGAGAGUUGUGCUUGGACACUCCAUGCUCCAUGAGGCCCUGGCUCCUGCCUCAUCCAGGGGAGAGCACCCAUGUGGGCUUCUGGUUGCUAUCAUAGUCUUACUGUCUCACUCCCCAUGCUGCGGGGGGCGGGGGGCACACCUUCUGGCACACGCAGAAGCCACCAACUGGCCCUGAGCACAUCCAGUAUUACGCACCACCUCCCACCCCAUCUCUGGCCACCACCACCCCCAGCACCCCCAGCCGGGGGGGGGGGGUGCAGCCUUCUUUCUGCCUCCUCCAAACCUCUCUGGCCACCUGGCAUAGCAGACCUGCACCAGCCACCACUUCCACAGAAAAUGUCCUGGUCACACCUUCAACACUGAAGCCACCUUCUUGAUGGGCGCAGUUUAAGUCCUUCCAACCCCCUCGGAGGCCAGCGUUCUCAAUGGCGGGGGGCGGGGGCGGGGGUGUCUCUACCCACUGGCUGCCCAUGGCGAGCACCAGAGGAAGACACAAGAGCGCGUUGCUUCACAGCCUUGAAGGACCCGAUGACCACCGUCUUUAAAAUCAGGACUUUGUCAUUGAUUCUGAGUUUGCCCCUGCCACCACCCCCCUCCCUCCUUGGUUUGUCCCCUUCAUGGUUUACUCACAAUAAACGUGGCCAUGCA